AUUUUCCCCCAAGGAAAUAUAUUACUACCAUUAAUACGUAAGAUAACUUCAAGAUAAUGUGACGGAGAAAAUCUGUCAAACUAUGAACAAAUUUACCAGAGCCACGUGUAGAUAUUUAUGGUAAUGGGGCUACCGGGGAAAAUGAUGAAAAACGAGCCGGUGCUGUCCUGACGAUGGCCGACAAGUGACGAUGUCCGUCCCCGCUUACUCACAGCGAAUACUAAUAAAUCUAUCCGAAUAUAUAUGAUAUCUAUAAUUUCGAAUGCCAAUUCUCUUCCGGGUCAGCAGACGUAAACAGAAGGGCGUUCCGCAGUAGAAAACAUGACCAAGCUAGAGCUGUUGAACGUGUUCCUGAACGACAGACUGACAGCGGCCGCCGAGGAGAUUUUCCGAGCCGUUAAAGACACCUUUCUUGAAUUUCAGAGUGAAAUUCAUCGUUCCCAAGAAGAGAACGAGCGCCUGAAACGACUCCUCAAUGUCGCCGUUCAAAGACUCCUCCUGCAACCAGCUUCACCUGUCCAAUCCCAAGAUCACCACAUCUUCGAGGCUGAAAGGGGAGGCAGUGUGCAACCGCAAGUGAAAAAAGAGGCCACACUCACAGAUGUUCAAAGCGAGUGCGUGCUUGAUGAAAGACACCCAAAAGAAGAACCUUGUGGUCAUUUUGAGACCCAACCAUGGUCAACUUCUCUAUUACCUCUAAAGGUGUUAAGUACGGAUACUGUCUCUACACCUCCUUUGCCAUCCCAGCGGGACACAAAAACAGACUGGGAGAAUGAAGAACACUUUGCAGGCAGCAGCUCAUCAUCCACACAGACUGUACAAUCGAAUGGCAAAGACACUCACGGUGAUUCUUGUGGCACUACCGCAAAUAGCCGAACAACUACCCAGAAAUCUCCAUCAGAAUCCAAUGGGCAGCAGGUGAAAGGACCGCUUUGCAUCAGUAGGAAGCAAAGUGUAAACUCACUGCAGCUAAAACACAUGAAAUCCCUCAAGCCACCACCAUCUCGUACCUCUCAUCCGACCAUUCAGAGGUGGCACAGCUGUAAAGAGUGUGGGAAAAGCUUCAGCUUUGCCUGCCAGUUGGAAGUCCACAUGCGUUGGCACACUAAGGAGAAGCCAUACAGCUGCACAGUGUGCCGAAAGAGCUUCACCACCGUCAGCAUGCUCAAAAGACACCAUCGCAUCCACACUGGGGAGAAGCCCUUUCGUUGUCACGUGUGUGGCAAAUGCUUCAAUCAGUCUGCACACCUUAACACCCAUUUUAGACUCCACACCAGAGAACCAGUCGGCUGGAGCAGAGCAUCGUUUCCAAGGAACCUUCAGUUGACAGAAAAUUAAACCACCAUGUAAUAUUUGUAGUACUCGGUAUGUGUUUAAAAGUGUUGAUACCCAACUGAAUUACUAGAAAAAGCAAACUCAUGAAAAUCACCUCUAAAAAAUGAUGACAAAUAGUAAUUUUGGUUUUUGUGGUAAUCAUUGCAAACAAAGAAUACAGUGUAUCACAAAAGUGAGUACACCCCUUGCAUUUCUGCAGAUAUUUAAGUAUAUCUUCAUGGGACAACACUGACAAAAUGGCACUUUGACACAACGAAAAGUAGUCUGUGUGCAGCUUAUAUAAUAGAGUUCAUUUAUUUUCCCCUCAAAAUAUAGCCAUUAAUAUCUAAACCCCUGCCAAUUAAAGUAAGUACACCCCAUAGUGAAAGUUGUCAAUAUUAACAUACAGUACUACAUGUCAAUUGUCAAUAUUUUGUGUGGCCACCACUUUUAUCCAGAACUGCCUUUACUGACCAGAGCUUCACAGGUUGCCACUGGAAUGCUCUUCCACUCCUCCAUGACGACGUUGCAGAGCUGCCGGAUAGUUGAGACUUUGCGCACCUCCACCUUCUGCUUGAGGAUCCCCCAAAGAUGUUCUAUUGGGUUCAAGUCUGGAGACAUGCUUGGCCAGUCCAUCACCUUUACCCUCAGCCUCUUCAGUAAAGCAGUGGUCAUCUUGGAGGUGUAUUUGGGGUCAUUGUCAUGCUGGAACACUGCCCUGCAACCCAGUUUCUGGAGGAAGGGGAUCAUGCUCUGCUGCAGUAUUUCACAGUACAUGUUGGAGUUCAUGUUUCCUUCAAUUGAAUGUAACUCUCCAACAUCUGCAGCACUCAAGCAGCCCCAGAUCAUGACAUUCCCACCACCAUGCUUGACUGUAGGCAUGACACACUUAUCGCUCCUCACCUGGUCGCCGCCACACAUGCUUGAGACCAUCGGAAUCAACGAAUUAAUCUUUGUCUCAUCAGACCAUAGCACAUGGUUCCAGUAAUCCAUGUGCUUUGUUGACAUGUUUUCAGAAAACUGUUUGCAGGCUUUCUUGUGUGCCGUCUUCAGAAGAGGCUUCCUCCUGGGUUGACAGCCAUGGACACCAAUUUUAUGUAGAGUGCAGCGUAUGGUCGGAGCACUAACAGACUGACCCCCCACCUCUUCAAUCUCUGCAGCAAUGCUGACAGCACGCCUGUCACGAGUCACAUGACAUUUUGGAGGGAAAAUGACAAGCAGUACUCAAUUUGGACGUUUAGGGAUGUACGUAGUUUCUAUGGGGUGUACUCACUUUUGUUGGCAGGGGUUUAGAUAUUAAUGGCUAUAUUUUGAGUUAUUUUGAGGGGAAAAUAAAUUAACUAUAUUAUAAAAGCUGCACACAGACUACUUUUCAUUGUGUCAAAGUCAUUUUGUCAGUGUUGUCCCAUGAAAAGAUAUACUUAAAUAUCUGCAGAAAUGCGAGGGGUGUACUCCCUUUUGUGAUACACUUUAUUUGCUGUACUACUCAGUAGAUAUUCUGGGCCACUCGUCAUGAGGAAACUGUUCCAGGUGUCUUAGGUUUGAAGGGGGCUUCCUCUAGACCAGUGUUUUUCAACCAGUGUGCCGUGGUGUAGUGUCUGGUGUACCGUGGAAAAUCAUCCACUUUUCACCUUUUGGAAAAUAAAUACACAAAUGUGCAAAAUCCAAUGUCUGUGCUGUCCAAUGAUCUGUUAUCCUCUUCCAUAUCAGUAGGUGUCAAUAGGUAGCAAAUUCCUUUGUUUAGUAAUGCGGAGGAGGUAGUAGGGUGACCACCUGUCCGGUUUUAGGACUGACACUCAGCCUUUUCAGUGAUGUGGUGUUUAGUGUCGGGCACAACCAAUUAGCCGGAUGCACUUUGUCCAAGUAUUAAAGAAAAUGGGCCGUGGCUUAGUUUAUGUGAUGCAACUCAGCCCCACGGUGAUCAGAACUGGUCUGUCAUUGGCCAAGAGUGGCUUCAGUUAA